AUGUCUUUCAGACCAGCAAUCGCCUCUCUCUCACUCGGACGAGCAUGGGUUCAUGAACUUCCCCCAAAAUUCCAAGCAGCCGCCUCUGUUGGCUUGCCAGCAAUCGAGAUCUUCUACGAAGACCUUCAGUACCUAGCUUCUACCUUCCCUGGCGGUUCUGCUCUUCCAUCAAACCAACUACUCGCCGCACGACACAUUCGAGGUCUUGCAGACUCACUCUCUCUUGAAAUCAUCGCCCUAGGACCUUUUUCUGACUGUGAAGGUUUACUUUCUACCGCCGAGAAAGAGAAGAAACAUGCCGAACUUAAGAUCUGGUUUGAGAUGGCUAGAAUUCUGGGAACAGACAUCAUUCAAAUACCAAGUACAUUCAAGACCAAGGGAUUCACUGGUGAUUUGGAUGUCAUUGUGAAGGAUUUACAACAAAUUGCCGAUAUGGGCGCCAAAGAGAACCCACCGGUUCGAUUCGCGUAUGAGAAUCUCUGUUUCGGAACAUUCAAUGACACAUGGGAAAAGGCAUGGGCCGUCAUUAAAGGCGUUGACCGUCCCAACUUUGGAUUCUGCAUGGACACCUUCAACAUCGCCGGUCGCGGGUGGGCAGAUCCCGCCAGAGAAGACGGGAAAAUCGAAAAUGCCGAUGCAAUCUUCAGACAGAGCUUGAAGAACAUGGUCAAGGAGGUUGCCGUCAACAAGAUCUUCUACGUCCAAGUCGUCGACGCCGAAAGAAUGAAAUCGCCACUAGUAAAAGGCCACCCCUUCCAUACUGACGGAAUGAAACCUCGGAUGAGCUGGAGUCGUAACGCGCGUUUGUUUAUGUGCGAGUAUGACCGCGGUGCCUACCUGCCCGUCCUUGACGUCCUCAAGGCGAUCUGUGACGAGAAAGAGGGGCUGGGAUAUAAGGGGUGGAUGUCUUUCGAAUUCUUCAACCGAAGUUUGACGGAUGAUUCAAAUGACGUGCCUAUGGAACAUGCAAGACGUGCCGUUGAAUCGUGGCAGAAAGUGUGCUCUAUGAUGGGCUGGGAGGAUGUGGUUGAGGAGAUUGUUCCGCGGAAUGUGGUUGUCAGAUCGCCUGCUCCGAGGUUGAUGGAGUCGGCGGAAAUUUCUGCAAGAUUGUAA